UAAUACUCCGGCCGAGAUUCGAUUCACGUCAUCACUCAUCAAACAUUCUUUCUGAAAAGUAAAGAAGGUACUUUUCAACGGCAAGAGUUUAUCUCGAAAUGAAAAACGGAUCCAGGAACAUAUCGUGUGAUCAAGCGAAACUGAACAACAACCGAAACCACAACAACGAAUCGAUCAAAUCGACAUGCAACGGAGGGAUUUUUACAGAGAAGAAAUUACUCUACAACUUCGACGAAGUUGCACCCGAUUUCCAAGAAGCUUUCAUUCUUAGCGGGUAUCGGAAGCCUUACAGCAGCACCUGGGAAUGUUUACAAAGCCUUUUCUACGUUAACAAUGAGACUUUUAAUAUGUGGAGCCAUAUCGUGGUGUGUUUAUAUUUUGUCGUGCGGUACUCCGUGGUCUUGAUUGAGUUAGGAAGAAGUUCGUCCUCGCCGAAACAAGAUUUUUAUUAUCCAAUGUUAUCAUCGGCUAUCGGGAGCGUCACUAUCUACGCGUUGAGUGCUACAGCUCAUACAUUUAACUCACGGUCGGAAAAGCUGCACAGAGUUUUCUACUUUUUUGAUUAUGCCGGUAUUAGCAUCUACACCUACACCUCCGGUCAAGUUAUGUUCUUCUACAAUCGACCCAUUCAAACUGGAUGGCGAAUUUUCGAAUCUGCAUUGUUUUACACAAUCAUUGGCGCCAGUUUAUCUUUUCUGGCAACUUUCUUUUGCUGCCAGAGUAAAGUUGGUUUACGAAAGCACGGCUCGGCAAUCCGCAUAAUUCCAGUGUUCGCUGGCUGGUUGAACACUGUAUUAUCUCUUGCAGUUGGCGUGACAAUGUGUAGCUGUCACGCUGUCACGACAUGUCAAUCUUUCAUCGCCUGCAAUGAGCUGCUAAUCACGUACUUUCGACGUCACUGCUUUUACUCAAUCGUGGGCGGGUUGAUUUAUGGAAGUAAACUUCCAGAACGACUCUUGCCAGGAAAAUUCGAUAUCAUAGGAAGCAGCCAUCAUUUUCUUCACAUUUUUGGCGCCCUCUCCACAGAAUACGCCUUCAAAAUUCUGCAAGUUGCCAUAGAAAGUCGUCAGGAUUCAAGAAACGAAGUUUUGGCGAAGUCACUGAUUGGUAUAUCGAUCUGGGAGACAUUGUUUCCUACGGCUGUAGUAUUUGUCGUUAACAUCGCCAUAGCUUCUUGCUUUGCAAAGUUGAUUUAUAAUUCCAAAGAUGAAAUAACCAUCAAGAAAAAAAAAUGAGUCAUACAAAUGUCAAAGUUAUCAUUUAAAAUUUGACAGUUAAGGAAUCAUUUUGAGGUGCACAGAGGACCACCAUCAUUUAUCGCCGGGGGUCGGGGGGGGCAGUCGGAUUUUGGUACUGUCACGAUAAAGUUUACCUGAUCCUACCAUGAAGCUUUGUAAUAUAUUUUUGUUCCCCCCUCCCUUCCCCCCUCCCCCCCCUCAUUGGCGGUUAAUUCUUCUAAGACUCUGUUGGCGACGACUGAUCACCUCUCCGUUUCCUCAUGAAAACCAUGUGAUCGGCCUCAAAAUCAUUUGUUCCCCGAUCCUCUCAAGCGAUAAAAAACGACUGGUCUUCUUAUUUUUUUUUCUUUUUGUCGAAUUUUGGAGUGAGGUUCAUUUACGUCGGUUAUGUACAGGGUGGGGGGAGGGAGGAGGGCAAGACCUUGUAGCCAUAAUAACCAAAGAAAAGGCAAAAGUUUCCCGGGCUUAUUUUUCUAGCUAAGCCUAAAUAUAACGUAUUUUUUUCAGUAUUUAUUUGCAGUUUGUAACUUGAAAAUAUAAAGGAACUGAUCAU